AUGAAUAUUGAAAGUGACUUGGAAAACUUAAAGCUACCUUAUUUUGAAAUCAAUCAACUUAAAGUUAUUAAGAGAAUUGGAAGUGGAGCGUUUGCAGAUGUGUACCAAGCAGAAUUAACAAACUCGAAUUUAAAAAAUUUAACAUGUGUUGCAUUGAAGGUCUUCAGGCCAUUUGAAGAAUCCGAGACUCCUCGAGAAGCUAUACUUAAAGAGGUGAAAAUGAUUGCAUCGCAUAGAAAAGUGGGUGCAGAUGAUAUGGUCAUACAAAUCUAUGGAUUCACUAAAAUGAAAGGUUAUAUUACCAUUAAUUGA